CCGGUGAAGAGGCAGGCGCAGUGCCCGUCUGCUUCGAUUAGCACGUGAAAGGAGAAGGGCGCCAAUCAGAGGCACCCUGGGGGCUGAGACACAGCAGAGCAGCUCGUGAAGGGGAGGGGGGUCAUCGCGCAUCCUCGCGACAAGGAUAAGUGCCUGACAGAGAGCAGCUCGAGACACAGAUUACAAGGAGUCUCCGCAGUUGUCACACACGCGCACCCUACGGUUCCCUGGCGACGUGGUUUUCUCGGAGGUGCACUAUUGAUACCGGCACAUGCACCUGACUACCCAUUAGACUGAACAUGGAGCAUAUGCUCAUGUCUCGCGCCCUCUGGACCAGUGACGGCAAAUGUGUCCCCACUCACGCGGGGGAUGGGUUCGCCAGUGUGCACGUCACCCGCGAGCUGCCGGCGGGCGCAGCGUUCGGCCCGUGUGUCCUUCAUAACGGCUUCUACGACACUAUCGCCUUCAUCGCGCUCAAAGCACGCGACACUAAAAGCAACUGCUACGCCUUUCGGGUUGAUCCUGAGGCCAUGAGGUCGUCUCCGCUGGCGUUGUCGUGGUUACGGCUGGUCCAGGCGGCUCGGAACCGUGUGGAGCAGAACACGGAGGUGUUCCUGAAGGCGGGUCAGCUGUUCUUCCGCACCCUGAGGCAUGUCCAGGAGGGGGAGGAGCUUAUGGUCUGGUACGACGAGGAACUGGCCCGCCUCCUGGGCCUGGGAGACGUCAGAGCCACAUGCACACCUGACCGUAUCUGCUGCGUGAGGUGUGGGCAAACCUUUCAGCACGAGCACCCGUAUCUGGCUCAUUGCCGAUUCCUUUGCCCAAACAACAACAACAAAGCUGAUUGGUUGAGCAGCGAGCCGCUGAAGUACAAGCCGGUUUCUGAUUGGUUGAGCAGCGAGCCUCUGAAGUAUAAGCAGGUUUCUGAUUGGUUGAGUGGCGACCCUCGUGACCAGAGGCAGCCUGAGGUGAAACGGACACACAGAGACACACAUCUCGCUCGCUCUCUCACACACAUGCGCACACACACACGCACACACACACACACCGACUUCCACAACAUCGCCCGGGACCUGGAGCACAGGGCGAACUCCUGCCCGAGCCCCCGCAAGCGUUGCCAUGACGACUCCCCCGGCGGCCGCGGCACGAAGUCGGUGCUGCUGGAGAAAGCGAACCCGUCCAACGAGAGCAAUAUCCCCCCGCGUCCAGCAGGGGGCGACAUGGAGAGUCCGGCAGCAGCAGGAACGCACCUGGGCACGGAGGGGGGUGUGUCCAGGAAGGAAGCCACGCCUGCUGGACAGCCCACUGAGGACAGGGAUGCCGAGAACCUGAAACGCCGAGCGGAACGCUGUGACCGGAACCUGAGGACUCCUGAGCGUGUUCUGCACGGUUCUGUUAGGGUUCUGCGGGGGACCGAGGAGCAACGCAGUGCUUUCUGCAGACCGCACAGACACCUGGGGACGUCAGAGACACACACACCCUCCAGCACAGACACACACUCACACACACACACACACUCACGCUCCAGCACUGGCUUCUACAGCCUGCCCACGCCGUCCGCCGAUCUCCCGCUCGCUCUGGAACCGAAGCCAGCGAUCAGCUUCCGGAACGUUCUGGGCUCUGCGCUGCUCUACGGGGACCUGCCAAGCGGUCCGCCCAGCGUCCAGCCAGGAUACCCCUACUCCCCUGACCAGUGGCCCCGGGGCGGUUUGGGGGUGACCCCCGUGACCCCCGCUGCCCCCCCCGCAUCCCUGCCGCUGCUCCCCCCCACGCUGAGCCCGCUGGCCGUCGCCGGGCAGAACUGGUGCGCCAAGUGCAACCUGUCCUUCAGGAUGACCUCUGACCUGGUGCUGCACAUGCGCUCGCACCACAAGAGGGAGCCGGCGAGCACGAUGCCGCUCAGGAGGCAGCGGGAGGAAAGAAUGACCUGUCCAGUCUGCCAUGAGCACUUCCGAGAGAGACACCACCUCUCACGUCAUAUGACCUCUCACAACUGACACACACACACACAUACAUACUACACACACACACACACACACACCACACACAAAC